CUCAUGAACUCGUCUACAGAGGCAUUGUUUGAGCAGAACCUGGAGAGUUUACUGUAUGAGUAUGAAAGGUCACUGCUUACAUCCAUACUGCCCUCCCCUACUAAACUUACUUCGUCUCAGCCUGGGUUGAUGCUGUUACUCACCUUGGUUCCUCGGUGACAUCUCGAGCUGAAGGUGCCCACAAAUGUCUCAAGGGUCACAUUCAGGUCAGCACGGGUAACCUCCUUACUGUCGUCAAUCGAUCUCGUUCAUCCAUGGAGGAACAAUACCAAGAGAUCCUGGGCCAGGUUGCUAAGGAGAAGACAAGUGCUGCGACUUCUUUAACAGCUCCUUUCUUUGCCGAUGUCAAGUUCAAGGUUUCUGCCUUGGCGCUGAGCAUGAUCGAGCAACAAUACAUCCUUGCACGUCGGGAGUUGGCCACCGAGUUCAGGUUGCCCACAUGUCGGGGUUACAUGAAGCGGGUUUUUGGUCUACCCUGCGCCCAUGCCAGCAUCGAGGCAUUGGAGGGAGAUCGUGUUCUCUCUAUUAACGAUGUACAUAAGCAGUGGCAUUUUGUCCUCGACGGGAACUACAUUGGGGGACCUGCAACUGCUGAAGCCAACCAACAAAUUCGUGAUCCUCAAGUCUUCAACGCUAGAGGACGCCCGAGAGGCUCUCAAAACUGCCAACCAGCCAUACCACAAAGCUCAACUCAGUGAGAUCCCAGUGCCUUUGAGAUCGUUCAGGCCCCAGCAAGGCUCUGUGGUUUAUGCAGGCGCCCCGGGCAUGAUCGGAGGGCAUGUGAGCUUCGUGGAACCCAAACACCAAGCCAGACUCAGCAUCCUAUUGCUCCAGUGAAUGGUGGGCCAUCUCGACCUUGGUUUGUACCGUCCUAUGAUCCCCUCCAAGCUGCUCCGGUGCAAUAUCAGUUUUAUGGCCCUCCCCCCGGGGCGCCGUGGAAUUAUUUUGCUGGGUAUGGGCACUGAGGAGUCCGUGGGAGUGUUCUGGCUUUCUUUUUGUACAUACUGCUA